CCCAGCCCAAAAAUCAAUGACUUUACUCUUGAUAUCUGUAAGAAUAAUCAGUUGUAUCACUUGGCUGAGAUAUGUCAAACUGAUAAACACUCAGACAGUAAAAGGAACAAGCGUGUUUAUGCUAUCCCUGCUUCUCAUUAAUUAAAUUAGGGUGGAGUGUUGCUGGGACAACCGCACAGACAAUUCAUACCAAACCAGCAGGACCUUGGAGUGAGGGCUAAGAAGUUACAGAGUCUACAAAAAAGGAUACGUUCAUGAUUUACCGAACAAAAAAAAAAGAUUAAUAUUUGACAGACGGCGGUGGAGAGGAGAGAAGGCACUCUUGCAAUCUUACAGCCUGAUAUUUUUCGGGGUUGUCCACAAAUCUUUUUGACCUUAGUUAUGUCAGACAACCAAGAAGUCAAACAUCGCCGCCCACUGGUCCCGGUAAAAGGGAUUCCCCUUACGGAACACAUCGCCAACCACUACAGCAAUGUCUUGGCUUUCUGUCCUGAUCCUUCAGACUUGCUCAUUGCCACCUACCCUAAAGCAGGGACCACGUGGAUCCAGGAGACAGUGGAUCUGCUUCUUCACAGCGGAAAUAUUGAGAUCUGCAAGAGAGCCUCGACACCCAUCCGAAUGCCUUUCCUGGAGAAUUCCAAGAGACCAGGCAUUUCCUCAGGUAUUGAUCUCCUGAAGACAAUGGACCCCCCAAGAGUUAUCAAAACACAUUUGCCAUUUCAGCUCGUUCCAAAGGGCUUUUGGGAAAACAAGUGCAAAGUGAUCUACGUGGCUCGCAAUGCUAAGGACAACCUGGUUAGCUACUUCCACUUUGAUCAGAUGAAUCACUCACCCGGACCCUGGGAGCACUACGUCCAAAAGUUCAUGCGUGGACAGGUUGCAUGGGGCUCCUGGUAUGAUCAUGUCAAAAGUUACUGGGAGGAGCGAGAAAAGAGGAACAUCCUUUACAUGUUCUAUGAAGACAUGAAAGAGAAUCCUCUGCGUGAAGUGGAGCGCAUUAUGAGGUACCUGGACUUGUCCCUUUCUAAUGACGUCAUCAGCCGCAUUGUGGAGCUGACAUCUUUUGAGAACAUGAAGGAGAAUCCAAUGGCCAACUACAGCUUCAUGCCCCGAUGCAUUUUCGACCAAUCCCGGUGUACCUUCAUGAGAAAAGGACAAGUUGGUGAUUGGAAGAAUCAUUUUACAUCAGAGCAGUCAGCAGAGUUUGAUGAGGACUAUGAGAAGAAAAUGAAGCACAUCCACAUUCCAUUCAGAUCACAGUUUUAAACAGGCUGCUACAUACUACUACUUCUACUACUGAAGUUACUCUUGAGAAAGCAUAAUUAGAAUUAUUAAAUGUGACUGAAUAUUAGGGUCUAUGAUUCAACAUUAAUUGACCACACUUCUAUGAUGGCCCUCAAAUGUAUAGGAUAUUAAAUUGCAGAGUUCCUCAAUUGACAGGCGGCCAAAUCCGGACAGUAAAUCAAAAUUGGUGAUUAGUGGUGCAAAAAAUAAAUACUAUGUUACCGUGU